AUGGCGACGUUUUUUAACAAAGACGAAACCUUUCGAGCAAUUUCGUCGAAUGACACCGAAGACUAUUCCGGCUCUGAAAGGUCAGAACAUGAGUCGUCGGUGGAGUUUUCCGAUUAUCAGCCUGAUGCUGACGACAACGCCGAGGACAGCUCCGAUAGGGAAGAAGAAGAGGGAGCCUCGGAUGAUGCUCCGAAAGUGGUCGGGCAGGACCAGGAUCCACCGGGAUGGGCCGUUGAUACGGUCUGGUGGUCGAAAAAUAAAAAAGUGAUGUGGCAUCCAAGCAACGAAGUGGCUGUACGUUACGUCCAUCCACGAAUUCCCACGCCUGGCCCCACGUUGUAUGCAGUAUCCAGGAUCAGCAGCCCCGAGACGGCGUUUGCGUUAUUUGUGGAUCAGGAAUUCAUCGAGAAAAUAGUCAAAAUGACCAACCACCAAGCGCACCGAAAGACCAAGAACUGGUAUCGCCUCACGCCCCAAGAGCUGCGGGCGUUUAUCGGGCUGCUGAUCCUGUCUGGAACGUACCGGUCCAGGCACGAAGCGACGAGCAGCUUGUGGAGCGUCAAGACCGGGCGUCCGAUGUUCCCCUUAGCAAUGUCUCAUCGGAGAUUUAUGGAAAUCAACCGAAUGCUACGUUUCGAUACUGCUUCGAAGCAGAGCCCGCAGCCGAACCAUGCGAACAAACUGUCGCCGAUAUCAGAUUUGUGGAGCAGCUGGAAUUUCCGGCUGGAGAAAAUGUUUAACGUGGGGCGUGACGUGUGCGUUGACGAGCAGCUAAUUUCCUUUAGAGGACGCUGCAGCUUCAAACAGUAUAUGCCGUCAAAGCCCGCAAAGUAUGGCAUAAAAAUUUGGGCCGUCUGUGACGCUCGAACCUCCUACGCGUGGAAGCUGGAGAUCUACACCGGCAAGCCUCCAGGGGGCACGCGUGAGCACAAUGUAGGAAUGCGUGUGAUGCUCGGACUCACUGACAGUCUGGAAGGACACAUAAUAACGAUGGACAACUUUUUCACAUCAGUACCCCUUGCAGCAGAACUGAAAAAAAAAAGAAACUCACUUGUGGGUACUAUAAGAAGGAACAAGAGCGAGCUCCCUGCGCAAAUGACACAAAUAACUGAAAGGCAGCCCCUCUCGAGCAUUUUCUGCUUCACCAGAGACAUGGCUUUGGUUUCAUACGUCCCCAAAAAAGGGAAAAAUGUGCUGUUGCUCAGCACAGUACACAAGAAGCCUAAAGUGGAGGCCGGGGGCAAAAGAAAACCCGAAAUUGUAUUGGAUUACAAUAAAUGUAAGGGAGCGGUGGACCACCUGGACCAGGCAUGUGGCACAUACUCAACUCGCCGGCGAGCACAACGGUGGCCAAUGUGCCUUUUCUACCACCUGCUGGACGUUUCGGCCUUCAAUGCCUUUAUUCUGUACACCCAUGUGAACCCGGGUUGGAACGCCAAGAAACUUUACAAAAGAAGGCUGUUCCUCGAGGAGCUCGGCCAUGCGUUGAUCAUGCCAGAGGUUCAUCGGAGAAAGCCACAUACCGCUCCAGUUGAGGUGCAGGCUGCAGAAAAGCAAGAAAAUCCCAAGGUCAAGCGAAAACAAUGUGCCCUCUGCACAGUCAAAGUCAUUGCAUCCAAUGAAUGCGAAAAGUGUGGUUCAGGCGUUUGCCGCAAACACAUGAGGAACAUCUGCAAAAACUGCUGA